AGCGCCGGCAUAUACACACAGCCAAUAUAUUGGUACACGAUAUGCCAUACGUAUAAUGAACUGAUGCCUGUUUGCCGCCCACAUUAUCGCUGCAAAUCACUGAAUAGAGACUGUGAAUAGCACUCGUAUGCGACCACUAUUUGCCACAUAUGUCGUCAGUUGCUAAUGAAUCAGAUCCUCAUUUACCACCGUUGAGACAAUCAGAUAUGUGUCCCAAUUAUAUGUUUAGUAACCUGUUCGCAGGUCUGCAACGGUGUAGGAUUUGGGACUGUCUUCACAAAAGUCCGGAUCAGAACCAACUGAAAGAGGAGGAGGAAGAGGAUCACGAAAUCUUACGCUUUUGGGUCCCACAGCGAAGCUUCUCCACGCAAUCAGUUCAAUCGCUUUCUCCAAGUUUUAAAAACCUAAAGAGAGAUUCUCUGACCUCCGCGUCGACCAUCGCUGAGGAUGACGGUCCCAUCGGUUACCCCACACAGAGACGGCAUUCAGACAUAUCGCGAGCAGUGGUGGGAAGGAGUCACGAAUGGCCCCAACGGAUGGUUAAGUUCUCGAGCACUGACUACUUUCUCGAGCGCACGAACUCUGUCUCCAGUAUUAAACUAUCACUUUAUAAGGAUGUCAUCAAAAGUGUCAAAAGCGAGAGGAAUGCCAUUUCUGAAGAAGAGGGCGAAAUGAGUUGUCGUCCAAAGUGUAUGACUAGUGAUAAGAGUGAAAAUUGCGGAGAGGAUGAGACCCUGACUUUCGGCAUAUUAUCCUUCUCUACAAAUUACGAUCAAAAGAGAAAAAGGCUUAACUUACAUUUGGAUAAAGCGUGUGAUUUGCCGCACAGGGGGCGGAGGAAAACAUACGACACGGUAUUAAAAAUCAAUUUAAUGCCAAAACAAAUGGAGACCAAUUUGAGGAACAGCUUCACGUCAAAGGAUGUCAUUUCAGUGCAAUCGUCGCGCAAAGUGAAGAACACAUUAAACCCUCACUUUCACGAGGACUUCAUAUUUGAAGUGGAAAAAGUGGAUGCGCUCAAGAAUCUGGUGCUCAGACUCUCGCUGUACGACUACGAAAGACAGGGCCGUUUCGAUGCCAUCGGACACAUAGUUUUGCCGCUCACUUGUAUGACUAAAGCGGGCGAAUCCAAAAAACAUAGCCUUCCCUUCAAGUCUCAAACAACGUUGGAUUUUGAUCCAAACGGACCCCAACUUCUCGUUUCGUUGAGUUACUCGUCGACAACCGAUAGACUGACGGUCGCUCCGCACGGAUUUAUAGACGAGAUAUCAGUUGUCAUAUCCGUCUGUCUUAAAGGCAAACUCAAGUUUGAUAGCGUUAUCGGACGAGUCAUUUCGGGUCCCAUCGCCUUCUCAUCCAAUGACAAACUCACUCAUUGGGGGAAAAUGAUAUUCGGGUCGGAACGCGGUCGGGCGCCCAAAGCCAGGGUUGAAGGAGCCCUCGUCUACGAUGAUUACCCGCACUUCGGAUGCUUUCACUCGCAAUACCCUAAGAAAAGGGUUCAUAUUUUCCAUAGAAAGCCAGUCAACCAAACGGGACAGUCGUUACGCUGUCAUUCAUCCACUGCCGGCUCUACACUACUCUUCCCUCUACUACUACUGGUCUCUCCUAUUGUUGUUUUGGGCCUCAAAAACAUGAAUUGA